CUAUACGCACGGGCUUGUGGCCAGUCCCACUCACACUUCCCCCUGUUCCACAGCAGACAGACUGAGUUCCUCUAAUCCUUCUGAUUCUUCUCCCUCAUCUCUCCAAAACCCUUCUCUUAGGGAGGACGAGCUAUAGCUUUGCGGAUAAUAUACCUUUAAGGCAACUUUUGGCAGAUGUGGAAGUAUUAACAUCUGGGCAGUGUUAACAGAAUCCUGGAGGCUGGAACAGACCAGGAGCCACUCGUUGUAGGAAUAUUAAAGUAGAAGAUUUUUUUUUCCGACUUAUGAGAGGAACAGACAGAAAGGAGAAGGAGGAAGAGAAAGAGACCAACAAAAAAACCCUAUAAACAGGUAAGAUCUGCAAUUAACUCCCCACACUACACUCCCCUGUUUCACAGCAUUAGGAGAUAAAGAGACCCAGAAGAUGGAUGAUAGGGCUGCGAGUUGAAGAGGGGAAGAAGCUCUUUUCUGAAAUUGGAUCCUAUUCUGGUUUUGCUUGUGCCGUGACCUGGCUGCAGACACAUGUUCCCACUGCCUUCUCGACCCACAGCAGAGAGUUGGCUGACUCCGAUCCCAUAUUUCUGCUUCCUCCCACUUUUGGAAAUUCAUAGAUGGCUGACUUCUGAAAGUCAUUUUCCUCACUCUGGUACUUCUAGACCCGUAGCCCUAUUCUUGUUUCCCUAACCCCUCCUCGCAAGGAUGGCUGCUCAGCUAACUCGAGGAGGAGCUCUCUUUCUGCUGCUCUUCCUUGUUCCGACAGUGACACCAACAUGGUAUGCAGGUUCAGGCUACUAUCCAGAUGAAAGCUACAAUGAAGUACAUACAGAAGAGGUCCCGCAGGCUCCUCGCCUAGACUACCAAGUCCCUCGGUGGUGUUAUAGAUUCAGUAUCCAAGACGGAGAAGCCACGUGCUACUCACCGAGGGGAGGGAAUUAUCACAGCAGUCUAGGCACACGGUGUGAGCUCACUUGUGACCGGGGCUUUCGAUUGAUUGGACAGAGGUCAGUGCAAUGCCUGCCAAGCCGUCGUUGGUCUGGAACAGCCUACUGCAGACAGAUGAGAUGCCAUGCACUACCAUUUAUCACUAGCGGCACCUACACCUGCACAAAUGGGGUACUUCUUGACUCCCGCUGUGACUACAGCUGUUCCGGAGGCUACCACUUAGAGGGUGACCGCAGCCGAAUCUGCAUGGAAGAUGGGCGAUGGAGUGGAGGCGAGCCUGUAUGUGUAGACAUUGAUCCCCCCAAGAUCCGUUGUCCCCACUCACGUGAGAAGAUGGCAGAGCCAGAGAAACUGACUGCUCGAGUUUACUGGGACCCACCCAUUGUGAAAGAUUCUGCUGAUGGUACCAUCACCAGGGUGACACUUCGUGGCCCGGAGCCUGGUUCUCAAUUUCCUGAAGGAGAGCAUGUGAUUCGUUACACUGCCUAUGACGCAGCCUACAACCGGGCCAGCUGCAAGUUCAUUGUGAAAGUACAAGUGAGACGCUGUCCAGUUCUGAAACCACCACAGCAUGGUUACCUCACCUGCACCUCAGCGGGCAACAACUAUGGUGCCACCUGUGAGUACCAUUGUGAUGGCGGCUAUGAGCGCCAAGGGACUCCCUCCCGGGUCUGCCAGUCCAGUCGCCAGUGGUCAGGAUCACCUCCUUUUUGCACUCCUAUGAAGAUUAAUGUCAAUGUCAACUCAGCUGCUGGUCUCUUGGAUCAAUUCUACGAGAAACAACGACUCCUCAUCAUCUCAGCUCCUGAUCCUUCCAACCGAUAUUAUAAAAUGCAGAUCUCUAUGCUGCAGCAAUCCACCUGUGGACUAGACCUGCGGCACGUGACCAUUAUUGAGCUGGUGGGGCAGCCACCUCAGGAUGUGGGGCGCAUCCGGGAGCACCAGUUGUCAUCCAGCAUCAUCGAGGAACUCAGGCAAUUCCAACGCCUGACUCGGUACUACUUCAACAUGGUACUGAUUGACAAGCAGGGUAUUGACCGGGAACGCUACGUGGAACCUGUGACCCCUGAGGAAAUCUUCACAUUCAUUGAUGACUAUCUGCUGAGCAACCAGGAGAUGAUCCAGCGCCAGGAGCAAAGAGAUAUGUGCGAGUGAACCUGAGCUAGGCAAUGGUUGAAGUCAAAGGAAAAGCUUCCCUAGUGAGCUAAAACUGAGAACUAAUAAAAGCAGGAAAUGUUUUCCCACAGUCCUACAGACCGUACUCUGAAGUGGGCGAGGUCUGCCAAUCUUGGGAUAUUUUUCAGGUACUCUCUUCUGGCUGUUUAAUAGCUUCCCCUACUUCUCCACGGGAGGAGCAGAAGCUAGGUAGGGAGUGAAGACAGGCUCUGUGUAGUGCGUUGGAGGUAGAAGGUCUUUCUUUCAUAACCUGGGGCUUUGCCCAGUUCUCCAAAGUCUUUCAGAUAAGUAAAUCCCAAAUUCAUCCA